CCUGGAGCCGCCAUGGCGGAGUCCGCGCCGCAGCAGCACCUGCCGGGCCCGAUCCCGGCCCCGGCGCCGUCGGGGCUGCUGGAGCUGUGCGCGCUGCUGGGCCCGCGCCGGCCCCGCCUCCGCCGCCCGGAGCAGGCUGCCCAGAAGACGGGGUCACAAGCUGCUUCUGCACUGGAACCCGAGGUGCUGUCAGUGUUCGUUCCCCCAUUUGUCUGCAAGGACGAUGGUCCCGGGGCCAGCAGUGCCCGAGCAACUCUGGCCAAGCCCCGAAGACGCUCUUUCCGUAAGAAGAGGGACAGGCCCCGGAUGGAGGGUGACAGGGACGGCACCGAGGACAUCAACGUCCCCGAUGGUGUGGACCUGCCCGCCUUGCCCCAGCUCUGCUUUCCAGGGGGCCUGAGUGUGGCCUCCGAGCCGCAGGAGGACCGCGUCCACUUCCUGGUGCUGACCGAUGUCUGUGGGAACAGGACCUACGGUGUGGUGGCCCAGUACUAUCGUGCCCCGCAGGAUGAGUCCUUCUUCUACAAUGGCAAAGCGCAUGGGGACUCGCCCUGGGUCAGUGCCUGCGCUGGCGGCUGCUUCUUGCCCUUCGCCCUGUGUGUGGUCUCCAGGCUGCCUUACUACACAGCCCUGAAGGAAUGUGUGUCCUGCCUCCUGCCACAGCUGAAGGUCUGCCCAGCCCUGGACGUGGACGAGCGCAUCAGGGACUUCGCCGCCAGGCUGGCCCUGCUUCCGCCCCCGCCGCCCGGCCCACUGCACCUGGUGUUCCACAUGAAGCCACUACAGGUUGUGUUCCCCGCCCAGGUGGACCCUGACAGCCCUGUGGUGGACCUGGAUCUCCACCUGCCCUUCCUGUGCUUUUCUCCAGAGAAGGUGCUGCAGAUCCUAGCGAGCCUCUUGACGGAGCAGCGCCUGGUGCUCUUCUCAUGCAGCUGGGCGCGACUCACACUGCUGGCCGAGUGCUUGCUGGGCCUCCUGCGCCCGCUGCAGUGGCAACACACCUUCGUGCCCGUGCUGCCCGGCCACAUGCUCGACUUCCUCAUGGCUCCCACCGCCUUCCUCAUGGGCUGCCAUCUUGACCACUUUGGGCAGGUCAGCAAGGAGGCUGAUGGCUUGGUUCUCAUCAACAUUGACCGUGGGAGCGUCACCCUCUGCAGCAGUGAUGACUCAGCCAUCCCCGACAUCCCCCUGAUGGCGGCUCAGACCUUCAUCCAGAGGGUGCAGAGACUCCAGCUGCACCAAGAGCUGGAUGAGGCCCAGUUGGGUGCCAGCAUUGACCUGAACGAGGGCCGUGCUCGCCGCCGUGCCUGGCAGCAGGCACUCAACUACCAGGUCCAGCACCUGGCACUACAGCUGCUCGUCAGCAUCUUCAGGGAUGUGAAGGCCCACCUCAACUACGAGCACCGGGUGUUCCACAGCGAGGAAUUCCUGCGGACCCGCGCUCCUGGGGACCAGCGCUUCUACGGGCAGGUCCUGGACACCUACAUGUUUCACUCCUUUCUGAAAGCCCGGCUCAGCAGGAAGAUGGAUGCCUUUGCCCAGAUGGAGCUGGACAUGGAGCCCCAGGAGGACAGGCACCCCGGCAUGCUGAUCAGCCCACGGAGGCCCACAGCGGGGAAGCUGGGUUCUCGCAAGUCCUCGGCACUGCGCGCGGCUCACCGGCGCAUGGUGGUGAGCAUGCCCAACCUGCAGGACCUCGUCAGCCCUGAGCCCCCACCCCGGAAUGCAUCGUUGCGCAAGAUGGAGAUGGAGCCUGGUGACUGGGACUGUGGCACAGUCCUGAAGGUGGCCCCAAAAUCCACACACACCUUCAAGAUCCCAGAGAUCCACUUCCCGUUGGUGCGGCAGUGCGUGCAGACCUACUUUAUGGAGCUGGAGGCGCAGCUGAGCAAGGCCAUGGGUCUGCUGGGCCCCGAGCAGGCUGCGCUGCACGCACGCUACCUCUACCUGCGUGGCCUGGUGCAUCUGCGCCAGGGCCAGCUGCUGGCUGCCCUGCUGGACUUCCAGAGCCUCUACAAGACUGAUGUGCGCAUCUUCCCUGCUGAGCUCGUCAAGCGCACGGUGGAGUCGCUGCCCGCUGCCACCCGCGCCCAGGCUGAGCGCAUGCCCGAGCUGCGCAGGCUGAUCUGUGAGGUCGCCGAGCAGCCUCGGGAUGCCGUCAAAGCUGACGACCGCGUGAAGAACUUUGAGCUGCCCAAAAAGCACCUGCCGCUGGCUGACUUCGUGAAGACAGUGCAGGAGUCCGGCAUCGUGAAGGACGCUGGCAUCAUCCAUCGCCUGUUUGAGGCGCUGACUGUGGGGCACCAGAAGCUCAUCGACCCCGAGACCUUCCGGGACUUUUACACAUGCUGGAAGGAGGCCGAGGCCGAGGCGCUGGAGGUGACCCUGCCGCCUGCUGUGGCCGAGCGCCUGGACAGGAACGAGUGUGUGUACAAGCUGUCGAGCUCCGUCAAGACCAACCGUGGUGUGGGCAGGAUCGCCCUGACGCAGAAGCGCCUGUUCCUCCUCACGGACGGUCGGCCUGGCUAUGUGGACAUCGCCACAUUCAGGGACAUCGAGGAAGUGCGGAGCGGCACGGCGGCCUUCCUGCUGCUGCGCAUCCCAGUCCUGAAGAUCAGGACCCAGUCCCGCAGGGACGCCUUCGAGGCCAACCUGAAGGGCGAGUGCGACCUGUGGCACCUCAUGGUGAAGGAGAUGUGGGCCGGCAAGAAGCUGGCGGAGGACCACAAGGACCCUCAGUACAUCCAGCAGGCGCUCACCCACGUGCUGCUGAUGGAUGCGGUGGUGGGCGCGCUGCAGUCCUCGGGCGCCGUGUACGCCGCGUCCAAACUCGCCUACCUGGACAGGCUACAGCAGGAGACGCCCAUGGCCGUCCCCAAGACCACCUCGGAGACGCUGAAGCACAAGAUCAACCCGUCGGCGGGGGAACCACGACCACAGGCCGUGGACAUGUUGCUGUAUACCCCGGGUCACCUGGACCCAGCGGAAAAGGCAGAAGACUCGCACCCCAAGCUGUGGUGCGCGCUAGGUGCUGGCAAAGUGCUGGUGUUUGAUGCGUCCUCCUGGGCUAUGCACCAACACUGCUUCAAACUGGGCAACUCCCGGCUGAACUGCAUGGUGAUGGUGGAGCAGAGCCAGGUGUGGGUGGGCUCUGAGGACUCGAUCAUCUACAUCCUCAACGUUCAUAGCAUGUCCUGCAGCAAACAGCUCACCGACCACCGCUACAGCGUCACCGGCCUGGUGCUGCGGGACAGGGCGCAGGGGCCCAGUGAGGCCUACUCGUGCAGCGCCGACGGGACGGUGCUGGCCUGGAACGUGCGCUCUCUGCGGGUGACCAGCCGAUUUCAGCUGCCCUGUGGGGGGCUGUUGGCCCUUACGCCUCAUGGGGGUCACCUGUGGUGCUGCACUGCCAGCAGCAUCAUGGUCGUGACCCUCCAUGGCUUCCUCAGGCAGGAGUUAAAGAUUAACGAGACUUUCAGAGAGACCAGCAUGUGCUUUCUGUGCUUCCAGCUGCUCCCCGAGCAGGAGCAGCUGUGGACCGUGUGCAGUGGCUAUGCCUCUGUUUACAUCUGGAGCCUCAGGGACAUGGCAUGGCCCCCCGAGUGCAUUUCUCUGCCUGACUGCACCCAGAUCCAGUGCAUGAUUCGCGUAAAGAAGCAGAUCUGGGUGGGCGGCAGGGGCCUCUCACAGGGCCAGACCAAGGGGAAGAUCUACGUGAUCGAUGCUGAGAGGAAGACGGUGGAGAAGGAGCUGGUUGCACACGCUGACGCAGUGCAGACCCUGUGUUCGGCUGAGGACAGAUAUGUGCUGAGUGGCUCAGGUGCGCAAGAGGGCAAGAUUGCCAUCUGGAAGGUGGAGUGAGGCUGCCGGGCAGCCGCGCUUUGAUGGACCCCACUGUUGACUAACCCCGGGCGUCGUGGACAGACUCAGCUGGGCACAGUCCUUCUCUGCUGGUGUUCCGGUCAGGUCAGGAACCUUCUGGAACUCAAGCCGUGGAGCCAAUCACCUCAAGAGUCCAG